CCAUUAUAAACUAGCUGGGGGAUAACUUUCAAAGGGAACGAACAAAAACGACAGAGAGGAAAUGGUGGACGCCGCCAAACUCCCGCCGGACUUGGUCGCGGAAAUACUCCACCGUCUACCGGUGAGAGAUCUUCUCCGUUGCCGCUGUGUAAAUAAGCUAUGGCUUUCCCUGAUAGACGAUCGGAGUUUCAUCAGCAAACACCUCCGGUACAUGAGCGGGUCGGCUGGCGCCGAGAACCACAGCAUCAUUCUCCUCCGCGCUGGUCAAAACCUCCGCUCCAUAGAAAUGGAGCCUCCGUACAGAGUGAGGGAGCUCCAGCCCCCUCCGAGGAGAUCCGGCUCUAAAAUCGUGCUGGUGGGCUCUUGCAACGGCUUGCUCUGCCUCUCGAGCCUUGCAAGUGGGGCCGCCGAGGAUGUCGCCCUGUGGAAUCCAUUAACGAACGAUCAUGCCCACCUGCCCAUUGUCCCCUUCGGGAACUUUGGCUCAAUCUCCAUGAUUAUAGAGGGCGUCACUAUGAUUAUGAUGUCAUCUUUCGCCGUAAUCGGGUUCGGUUAUGACUCUGUUACGGGAGAUUACAAAGUGGUCAUCAUCGAGAGUGUGAGCAAGGAGGAGGAACAAUUCCAAGAUAUUCGGUUCUACAGUUUGCUUAAGAACUCGUGGAUGAGGUUCCGCGACGAUCGAUAUUGGCUUUGUCUUCCGCAAAAUAGGAAGAUGGGAGUUUAUGUUAACAAUAACCUGCAUUGGGUGAUGACCCGGAGAUCAGAUUCUAAUGCCACCCGAUUGAUCGUGGCCUUUGAUCUUAGGACCGAGGACUAUAAGGAGGUGCCAUUGCCUUUUUAUUUUGACAACCAAUUCGGAGUGGAUGUGACUGUUCUCGAAGGAUGCCUUGGAAUGGUGGUGAACUCUCACCAUUACAAUGUGGCCGAUGUUUGGAUCAUGAGAGAGUACGGGUCAAGGGAGUCGUGGGCAAUGCUCUUCUCGGUCCCAUAUUAUGAGGUUUUAGAAUUUGACAAUGACUACUACGGAGACGUUUGUUACCUGGAACCUUCAUACUCUGGUGGCCAACUUCUAGUGGCAGACAUGUAUAAGAAGUACCUUUGGUUUGAUGCAAAAAACCAAACCUUCAGGACUUUCAAUAUCAGCGACUUCGAUUCCUGCAAUGUAGGAUAUGAGUCUUUCAAUGCAGCAGUGUGUGCCGAGAGUUUAGUUCAAGUCGGAACUUAAAGUGCUGGAAUGGCGGCAGCAACAACCUAGAAACAAGCAGGUAAACCUUAACUCUGAAUGCAUGGAGGAUGUAGGGACUGUCCGCAAGUGUGUGUGGAAGUCUUUGUGUGUUUGUUUUCUUGCUUCCUUGAGCUCUUGUCAUCAAUCAGCUCAUGAGAACAUUGCCUGUUUGAAUGAUAAUCUUCAGCAUUAGUUUACGAGCUAAAGUAAUGUCAUGUCUGAACUCUAAACUGCAAUCUGACGUAUAUAAAGUUGUCGAUCUUAUCUUCGACUCUGGUUACUAAUCUUCCUCUCCUA